AUGGGCUCCCAGUCAGUUCUAGAUUGGGUUGCCUCUCCAGAAAAAUCUGUUAGUGUUCUGGUCAAUGGAGAUGUGGUAGAAAAUGUGUCAGGCUCUCCAGACGGUCCUGUUUACUCAGACACCAGUGGCUGCAGAAUCUCAGGCUUUGGGGUGAAACCUGGAACUACACGCCAAAGUCUUGACGAAUGUACUUCUCUGAUAUGCAGCAACACCAGUGUUAGCUCUACAAGCAGCUCCAUCAGCUGCUCGGUGAAAGGACUCUGCACAGUGACCGGUCCCACCGUCAUUGACUUCAGAGGACAAAUGAACUCAGUGUCAGACCGGUGUGAGUACACUCUGCUGCAGGAUCAGUCUGCUGGAUUCACUCUGAAGGCUAACUUUCUGGAACGGCAUCGCAGAGAUGUGAGCUUUGUGGACAGUCUCACUCUGGACUUCAGUCAGGGUGCUGACAUUCAGCUGCUACAAGGACACAGAGUCCUGGUGGGAGGCUCACCUGUGACCCUCAGUGGUUCAGUCCAGACGUUUAACGGUGUUGGUCUCUCCAAGGACCAGACUGGAGUCACUGCCAAUAUUUCACUGAAUGGUUCACCUGUGUCUGUGUUCUUUGAUGGAACCACAGCUCAGAUCUACAUUGAUGUACCUGUCAAUGUUAAGGGUCUGUGUGCAGACUCUAGCAGUUCCUCAUCUUCAAGGCUGUCCAGUGACUCCAGCUGUCAGCAACAGUAUGUAGACCCUGCUGACGACACCAUCAACCCCACUACUGUGAUUGCACAGUGUAACAUCCUGAAAUCUUCACCAUUCUCCUCCUGUAAUGCUGUUGUUGAUCCAGAGUCAUACAUAAUUGCCUGCAGAAAUACUUUGAACAAGUAUCCUGCAGUGGACGGUCUCAGGUGUCAGUUCCUUAAGGCCUACGCCAAAGCCUGCCAGAAGAGUCAAUCUACCGUGCAGAACUGGUGGACAGCAGCUAAGUGCCACCACCCUGAGCCCAUCUGUCAGGACAAAUGCAGUGACCAUGAGUUCUGUGGAGAUAUCCACGGAAACACUGACUGCCGCUGUAGAGCCAUUUAUGCCUCACAGUACACUGAACAGAACAGACUGGGAGGUCCAACUGUCUGCAAGGACAACACUGCCUCCCUCACUCUGGUGGGUUGUCUCCUGAAGGAAAACGGCAUCGACUACAAUCACCUACACCUCAAUGACAAGACCUGCACAGGUGUGAUGGACCCCGAGAGUCACAUGCUGAAGUUCAGCUUUAGCAGUGACAGUUGUGGAACAGAGGUCACGACCAACAACAGCCAGGUCAUCUUCACAAAUGCAGUUGUGACCCGGAACAGCUCCUCGGACCUCAUCACUCGUCAGGAUAAAGUCUUCAUUGAGUUCUCCUGCAGCCAUCCUGCACCUGAACUGCAGAAUGUGGCCUUCAAGAUUAUAGAUAACUCUGUGGAAGUUGUCCUCCAAUCUGGAGAGUGGCACUACAACUUGACCAUGAAGGCUUACUCUGAUGCUGCCCAAACCCAACUUUUGGGUCCAAACAGUGAUGUCAGGCUGAACCAGAAGAUCUGGAUUGUGCUGGAGACCAACGGUCUGGAUGCAGAGGUGGUUUCUGUGGUGACCGACUCCUGCUGGGCAACCAGUGGGAACUCACCCAGCAGCUCUCCCAGAUAUGACCUGAUCACAGACGGCUGUGCAAAUGCAGAGGAUGGAACAGUUCAAGUGAUGGGAAAUGGACAAGGAACCUCCAACUCCUUCUCCUUCAACAUGUUUGAGUUCUCUGGAAAGGAACCUUCAGAAGUCUACCUUCACUGCCAGCUGCAGCUGGUGGUCAAAAAGAACAACAGCUUCCCCCUCCCGGGCUGCCUGGGGGUCUCCCCCCCUCUCUCCUGGUCUGGCUGGGGUUCCUCUGGUCCAGCUAGAAGACGCAGAUCUCUCAGAUACAGACGUGGAGCUCCAGCCUUGAUCAGCAUGGUCUGGACUCCUUAGGUGGUUUCAACAGAAGCGUUGACCUUUCCUGACUUGAUCCUGGUCCUGAACAUGAAUGUGUGAAAGAUUCUCACUUCUUGCUUCUAUGAAUUAAGUUUUUAAUCAGAAGUUAAACUGUUGAUUUUAGGGAUGAAUUCUGUAGAAAAUACCAAACUUUAUCCUAGAUAUUAUAUUGAUCAUCUGAUUGGUGCCUUAGUAAUGACAUGGGAAAGGGAAGUGUGUGAGUUUCCUUUAGCUUCUCUACAAAAUCAAAGGAUGUACUUUAAGUCAAUCUGAGGAACUCCCUGGAGAAUUAGCAUUGGAGGAUAUAUUAUUGAGUAAAUAGUCUAGAAAUGUACAACUUUUGGGGUUUUGACAUGUUAAAUUUUGUUGGAUGUUAACUCUUUUAUUGAACAGAAGCUCUAAAAGUAUUUCCAAAGAGUUCCUAUUACACUGGUGUUUACUGUCUUUCUAUUGGGUCGUGUACAUGUACCAUCUAAACCACCCAAUUCUGCUUCAUUUGAACUGGUCCUUUUGAUUGAUUUCCUUUUAAACUUUAGGUGAAAAAUGUAUGACAAUAACAGCAUAUGUUUGUGUUUUUGUGGUUGUUUACAGUUUUUCAGCAAUAAUAAUAAAACGUGUGGUUAAAGAAAAGCCUGAGUUUUCAUCUCUGUGUACUCACUACCACCACAAUUCUUGGUGUUGAGAAGGUCGUCUUUUAUACAACUAGCUGGAUCUUUGACUGUAUUUCACCCAUAAUAAUUUACAUUUUGACUGAAAAAAAGAGCAGAAAAGAAUGC